CCUCACUCUUCACCCUCCACAACACCGGUACCGGAUUCUAAACCUCAGAAUGCACUUGGUUCACCGCGACCUGGUCGUAAUUCCAGGGGUUUGUCCUCAGUUGCAGAUUCCGCUGUUCCCCUUUCAAUGCCACCUCCUAGACAAACCAAAACACUUGCUGCCAUGCGAGAGAAAAUGCGCGCAAAACGUAUGCUGAAAGAGGCGGAGCGAAAUCCCUCUGGAUCGGGGUUUUAUUCACUCCCUGGAAGCAUGACACCUCACCCAGCAAGUGGGGCCUGCGGCUACUUUCAUCAGCCUACUGGAUACCCAUCUUCAAGCAAUGGUUUUGGUAGUCCGUUACUUCCAUCUGUCGGCUAUGCUACUCGAUCUCAAGCAGCUGUUGGUCAAGCGGUCUCUCUAACAACUCAGCUUUCAGCUUCAGCAGCAGUCACAAAGUUCUUAGUAGGCUCUUCCCAAAAUCGUCCAUCCACCACAACGCGGGCGUUCUUUGUUGAUGGCGACAAUUUGUCUGAAGCUGUGGCUUUGCUUCAGAGCCUCAAUCCAAAGGCGACCAUUACACAACAGCAAUUUUUACUUAUCCCAAGUUCGAACAAAUCACAAAUGUUUCUGUGCCCUACUCCAUCAACGUCGACUCCUAAUAUUCUUUCUGUCCCAGUAUCCACUUCCGCCCCAUCGUCCACGACUCAAACUAAUGGAACUAGUGCGCCACUCCCGAGUGCGACGCAAGUGUCUUUAUCGGCAAAAAACAGCCCGAACCAAACCGUCGUACCUACAGCCAACUUUUCUGGUAUCCGACAGCUUUCAGUUAGUUCACUGAAUGCGAUGUCCAACCAAGUUGCUGCUAACCAGCUAGUACCGAAUGCCACCACAUCUGUGACAGGAUUGGAUUCGGCUCACAGUUUGCAUUCAAAGGCUGCUAACGUGGUCUUACCGACAAUGGGUAAUAAUCCAAUCACCUCAUCUAAUACCCAAGGCUCACGGUCCUUAAUAUGCACUAAGUCCGUUCCGAGCUAUCCUCAGCCUGCCACUCCGAACGUCGUUCAUUUGAAACCACAAACAAAACCUGUUAUUGACCACGUACCGGAUCGUUCGCUCAACAAAGCUACAGUUGUCGUACCCAGACGCACUGUGGCUCCCGUUUCCAAACCGCUAACGGAAACAGUUUAUGCAACACCAGUGACUCAAUCCCAGAUCGCAUUCUCCCUAAUUGCACCCGGAUCCUCUGUGUUGAACAGUGAAACCCCUGUAAUGUUUGUAUCCGAAACCCAUCCGAACACUUAUUCUCGUCAGCUAAAUUUGAGUGCGGUUCAAUCAUCAGUGGCAUCGCUCGAUCGGAGCCAAACGUUAGUCAGUUCCAUCGGCACUGUAGGUCCUGCAUCUAUCGCCCCAAACGCAGGCCCCGCUCAUACGGCCGCUUCAGCGCAGAUGACGGUGAUCAAUCCAGCGCAGCUGACCUCUUGUGAUCUUCAUCUGCAGCCACAAACUCAGCAACGAAUACAUUCAGUUCCUACUCAGCUUCAUUGCGCCUCUUCUGUUGCUCCUGAACAAACCGUUCAAGCUGUCCGGGCUACAUCUAUAUCUUAUGCAAGCAACAUAGGUCCAGGUCUGUUUGAUCCAUUCUAG